CUGGGUGCACCCGGUCCCUCUCAGCCAACGGGAACAGCGGCCCUUAACCCUUUCCCGGUUGUGCCCGGGGCAAUGUCCAGGCACGGUCUGUGCUGGAGAGGGGUCUGAGCCUCUUUGGGGCAUGAAAACAGGUGCGGGUGACCUUGGCUACAGCUGGAGUGCAACCAGGCACCCGAGAGAGGGGAAACUGAGGGGAGAGGCUCCCCUUUUCCCCCCAGCCCAGGCUUCCCUUGGGAUUUCCUCCUCCUGGCUAGGCAGUCCCUAGAGGACCUUGGCUUCUGGGUGGGUACAGGGGCGCCAGGAUUGGGUUUCUGGGGUGAUGAAUAUUCAUCAGCCCGAACCAGCCUCUGCUUCUGUUUACUUAGCCGGGAGGGGCUGGGUUUCAGGUUCACCUUGACUCCUGGAGGCGCAGAGAGCAGGUACCCGCUCUCGCACCUGUUUCUCUUGCACCUGCAACACAGCUGCUCCUACCCAGCUCACCUGGCCUGAGCCUUGCCUGGCACAGCACCCUGGCGGCACCUCCAGCUCCCCCAGCCUCUGUCCGAGGCAGCACCUACACUCAGCUCCUUCUCUAGGGAAGGUCUCGGCCUCCAGCCUGCAGUAGUCUGGAUUGAAGGUCAGACUUGCCUAAAGUGGUGAACACCUGCUCACUGGUGAUCGCAUGUCUUCCUGGACAGGGCGACAGCAAGGCCUGGCCAAAAGCAUCCUAGAGAGACCCAAAUCCAAGGCCGGGAGACAAGAGCACUGAUGCCUUGGAUGCUGUGGUGGAGGCCCCAGGCAGAGUGCGAGGGCUAUUCCUGACUCUCCUUACGGUUUUCUGACAUGUUGCUUGUGAUCUGUCCCUCCCUGUAGAUGCCAACUUGAAAUACCCGUUAAAACAGAAAGCCCCACUUGCAGCUCAGGGAGCACCAUGACUGAAGUUGGUUGGUGGAAGCUGACCUUCCUCCGGAAAAAGAAAUCCACGCCCAAGGUGCUAUAUGAGAUCCCUGACACCUAUGCUCAGACAGAAGGCAGCUCGGAGCCCCCCAGGCCUGAGGGCGGGGUCCCCAACAGUGACUUUAACACUCGCCUGGAAAAGAUUGUGGACAAGAGCACAAAGGGCAAGCAUGUCAAGGUCUCCAAUUCAGGCCGUUUCAAGGAGAAGAAAAAAGUCAGAGCCACGCUGGCAGAGAACCCCAACCUCUUUGAUGACAAGGAGGGCAAAGGACAGUGAAGGGAGCCAAGGAGGAUAACUAGCACCUCCCUGCUCCCUGCCGUCAGAGGGAUCUGAGACAGGAGCUUAUCACGCUGGCCUCUUUGGCCACAGCUGAAGCAGUGGGGGCAUUUGAUGAUGCCUGCUGGCAGGAAGUGUCUGGUUUUAGGUUUAUACUUAUGGGCCCCAGGUUUCUGGAAGGCCUGGGAGAUCCCAGGGUCCUCCCACCCUCCCCCCACCACAUACAAAGACACUCCAGUUCAAGACUGAAAAGUCCCACCCAGGAAGAACAGCACUUCUUGAAGCAGUGCCAGGGCCAGCAGGGAGGUGGGCAAGGCAAGGAAUGGAGAGAGGAAGCCUGACAGACUUCACCUCCUCCCAGGGCACAGGGUCAAGGGUGAGUUUGAAUUACUGCUCCCUCUACUUUCUCUACCCAUGACUGUUCCCUAGACAAAUUCUGAGAGCUCAUUUUCCACGAGCCCUGUGAUGGGGGGUGGUUUCCUGGAGCCGGGGAGUGGGCUGAACUUGAGCUCACCUCCUAACACACGUGAGAAACUUCCUGUAACUUUUCCCCCCAGGGGUGCAGGGGGAGGGGGAGGAGGACGCUGGCACUCCCUGGGAAUUCUGCGGAAGGCCAGGUUAGGGACCCCAUGGGUCCAAAUUAGGGGAGUGGGUGGGGAAGCUGUAGCAGGAGCUAAGAGUAGCCAGUUCUCUUUUCUCCUUUCCUACUUGUAUUUAAGAUGAAUCAGCCCCAGAGAUGAGUCCUGGCGCCUUGAAUUUUGUUUAAAAAAAAAAAAAAUUGUAGGUUUCUGUCUUGGUAAUAAACAAUGCUGCAAAA